GCAAAUCGGUUAGAAGAGUAAGCUUAAGGGACACAUAGCGUGCAAUAUCAGAAGGCCAGUAACAAAUUACUUAGUCCCUAGGGCCGCGCAGUGACCAAUGCCAUGGAUUUUGCAACGCCACAAUUGUUUCACGUUACGCUUGUAAUACUAACGAGUCUACUUCUAGCUGCUCCUGGCGGAGCGGACAAGGCCUGGGCCUCGCGGCCGCUCUUAACAGGACAGCGCUCGCUCGUCGUAAGCAAAGCUGUGGGCACACUUAAGUCAAUAUCCCCCGGCGGUGCUGGCGCGCAGCUUGACGGUCCAGGAUCUGCGUUGCAGGCGACGUCGACCAGCAGCGGCGACAGUCCUCGCGGCCCCUCCAAAUGCCCAGGGGAAUGCACCAAGUACGGCACUUGCAAUGAAGAACUUGGAAGGUGCGACUGCCCGCUGGGUCGCACCGGCACUGACUGCUCGCAGCUGGCGCCGGAAGCCGAGCUGCUGAGCCUCUGCGCACGACACGGCCACACAGCCAGCACCUGCGGCAUCGAGCUGGACCUCACCUCCUGCCUCAACGCUUGUAACUACCGCGGGCGCUGCAUUGCGGGUUUCUGCCACUGCUCGCCAGGUUUCUUCGGUGCGGACUGCGCACUGUCACUGGCGCCGGAGGCGGCAGGCGGCAGCGGCAGCGGCUUUACCGCCGCCGCCGCCGUCGAAAUUCUUGCGGGUCAAAACUACACGCUGCGGGCCUCCGGCCCGAGGAUUUACGUGUACGAGCUGCCGCCGGAGAUCAACAUCCACUCAAACCUGGAUCGACUGGAUCGGCCGCUCAUGUACAUGAUCUGGCAGCGGCUGCUAUCGGGGGGGCUGCGCGUCGCGGACCCAGCGCAAGCGGACUUUUUCUUCGUACCCGUGCGCGCUAGGCUGUCGUAUGACAGCACCCGCGUUGCGCAAGCGGUGUCGUACAUCCAGUCCACGUGGCCGUACUGGAACGCGACGGGCGGCGGCGAGCGGCACCUCUUCAUCCACACGGGCGACUGGGGCCGCGACGAGCUGUCAGAGGACGUGCAGCUACUCACUCGCAACGCCUCCUGGCUGACCCACUGGGGCCUGGCGCGAAACCACGAUUUCGCGGGCUGGCUGCAGUCCCACCGGCCGGGUCGCGACAUCGUGCUCCCCAUGAUGCUGCAAGCUAGCUUGCUGGCCUCAUACCGCCUGACGAAGUCCAGUCCGCUGCAUCCUAGAGGUCCGCGGCGGACACGGUCCCGGACGUUGUUCUUUGCAGGGCGGGUGUGCGGCUCCCGAGUGCCACCCACCACCAACGGCACCUUCCCCAACUGCCCGGACGUGCUCGCCAAGGAGGAUUCUUACUCCGCCGCAACACGCCAGCGCGCCUUCUUUCAUCACCACAACCGCACGAACUGGAAGGUCGUGACCAGCACUCGAACGCAGGUCAUUGACAUGCUGAGCUCGAAGUUUUGUCUGGCUCCGAGCGGCAGCGGCAUGGGCAAGCGCAGCGUGGUUUCGGUGCUCAUGGGUUGCGUGCCCGUAACGCUCACAGACGGGCUGAUGCAGCCCUUUGAGCCGGAGCUGCGUUGGGAUCGCUUUGCAAUCGACGUUCGCGAGCGCGACAUCCCCAUCAUGCACCAAAUCCUGGAGGCCCUGCGAGCCGACCAGGUCGCGGAGUUCCAGUCCAACCUGCGCUGCGCCGCGCAGCACCUGUUCUGGUCGUCCCUGUACGGCAGCGUGUUUGGCGAGGACGGACGGUACGACGCCUUCGAGACGCUGGUGCAGGUGCUGCGCAUGCGCGCGGUGUACCCCAGCCUUGCGCCCGAGGAGUACGGAUACGUGGAUCCGGCUUUUGCGGCGUUCAUGAACUGUCAGGAGCCGCCGCUACCCGGGGAUGUUGCCUCUGCUCGCGCUGGCGCUGCUGCUGCUGCGGGUGCAAGUGGGAGAGCGAAUGCCAGGGCGGAGGCAUCAGGUGCAUCAGCAGCGGCAGCAGCAGCAUUGGAUGUGGGCAAGCCGGCGCUGCAGCAGGUGCUGGCGGGAAGCGACCGGCCUGCUCCUCGGCCGCGGGGGCUCCCACAGGACGGCCGGCAGCCGCUUUGCUCGCACUCGGAGCUCUCCUUGCUGGCGGGCGAGUCCGUGUCAUCGUCGUCCGGUGCUGAUGCGUCUGAUCGCCGCUCGCUGGUUGCCGGCGAUGCGAGCGGUGGAGGGGUGGAGGGUGUGUUUAGCAGUUGUGGCAGGUGCAUGAAGCGGAGAGGGAGGUUGCUAAACCCUGGGGGCACCAUUUGUUGUAAUACCCGGGACUUGGCCAGCUGUCCGCGGCUUUGGGAUUGAUGUCAACAUGGAGAAAAGAGAAGGGGGGAGGAGCGGAAUGGGACAUUGGGAAAGCCAUGCCAAUGGAAGGUUGAAGGGUGGUCGGCGGUGACCGUUGAUCUUUGGUGAAGGGGCCCCGCUGGAAGGGGCAGCUGCGUGAGGCAUGUGCUGAUUCAUACUAUCCGCGAGCUGGUUCUAACCAGUGAUGCCCUACGACGCAUGCGUGCGUGCUUGUGAAGUGCAGAGCACAAUACAGGAGGACGUUGAGCGGGUGAAAGAGCAACGUGCAUACCGCUAGGUAGCUGCCGCGUCGAGCUGCACUUCUUGUCUCUUACGGGCAUCUUUGCUUAUUGGAGGGCAUCGUGCGGGGUUGGGCCAUUCCACUAAUUCUUGUGAUUGUCAGCUGGAAAGGCUGCGGCUGAGCUAGGCAUGGAGGUUGUUGAGGCGUGCGUAUUAAUGGAGGAGGCUUGCAAAGCAUAGCAAGGAAUGAAUGGAUAAAUGCUGGCGGAGGGAACGUAUGAGGCUUCUUGUCAUGCAACAUGUGAUAGUUUACACAUGACGGUGAAGUGCUUAUGUGCAAUGUUAGGACAGUAGAUGUUUGGUCUCAAACUGUGACGUAACCCAAAUCGACUUAGGUGCGUGUACGUGAUCAAGAUAGAGGAGCAUGGGUGCAGGUCAGAUAGGCGAAUAGAUAUCAGGAGUUAUGUUUUCGCUGCCCGUUAGCUGCCAAGCAGCACGCUUCGGCUGCGGGUGUGUUGCGUGCCAAGUGCCAAAGCCUGCACCUGUGUUUGCUAGGACGCAUGGGACGUACGCAUGUGGAGGUUGCGUGCUCAAUUCUUCCAACGAAGCUGCUCCGCAUGAAGCUCGUAAGCAGCGCUGGAGGGCGCCAUUGUGCUAGUGUUGCCAAAGCAUGGGGCUUGCCGUAUGUGGCAGGCUACUUGGUGUGACUCUCCUCCCCGGGAUGUGUAAUGGAUGGGGGCUGAGUGCGGAGCAUACCUGUAACCCAAAAUUUGUA